AUGGCUGUGCGGCUUCACUCCGUGCAAGUAGCAAUCAGUUCGCAGCACUGCGCCGCUCACCCCACUUCACUCCGGAACCCCAAAAUGGGGUUCCCCAUUGAGAGCAAGGCACAUCCACCUACUUGCAGUGUGAACAAUCCCCUACAGAUCCCACAUGAGUAUUAUGAGCAGGGCGACCUCAUCAUUGGUGGUAUCUCUUCUCAGUUCUUCUCUUUCUUUAACACUAUAACCUUUGAUGUACACCCCAAUGCAAUGUUUGUUGGAGAUUCUCUUGUAGUGAUAAAAUACUACCAGUAUGUCCUGGCCUUCGUGUAUGCAGUUAAGGAGAUCAAUGAGGAUCCCAGGAUUUUACCAAAUGUUACAUUGGGAUUCCACAUCUAUGACAGCUACUUCAAUGAAAAGUUGACAUUUCAAACCACUCUGAACCUUCUUUUUAGCCAGAAAAGUGCAGUCCCCAACUACAAGUGUGGCACACAGAAGAAUCUGAUAGCUGCCAUCGGAGGACUUGAUGCUGAAACCUCACUUUACAUGGCUACCAUCUUAGGCACCUAUAAGAUUCCUCAGGUCUCUUACUAUUUAUUUGGUCCUUCUCUGAGUUCUAAGAUCCAGUUCCCUUUCAUCUACCGGGUGGUCCCCAACGAAGAGUAUCAAUACAUUGGAAUCGUUCAAUUACUUCUGCAUUUUGAGUGGACAUGGGUUGGGAUCAUUACACUGGAUGAUGAUAAAGGAGAAAAUUUUGUGGGAAGGUUGAUGCCAAGACUUUCACAGAGUGGUAUCUGUACAGCAUUCACUGACAAGAUGCCUCCCUUGACAGACUUCUCUGAAAUGCAUGAAGUGUACAUGAAGGCAGAGAAUAUUUCUCAUUUUUUCAAGAACAACUCAGUCAAUGCAAUUGUUGUAUAUGCAGAAACUCACUCCACAUUGGGUUUGAAAUACAUGCUAGUACAAGCGGACGAUACGGCAGAGUCUCUAGGCAGAGUUUGGAUUCUGACAGCGCAGUGGGACUUCCCAGCACUGCAGUUUCAUAGGAACUGGGACUUAGAAGUCUUCCAAGGAGCGUUGUCUUUUGCGGUUCACUCCACUGAGAUACGGGAAUUCAAAAAAUUCCUUCUGACCUUAAAUCCCCACUCACCCACUGGAGAUGAUUUCAUCCAAGAUUUCUGGGAACAAGCUUUUGACUGUGUAUUUUUAGAUUCCCCUGUGGAUGGGGAGAACGAUGGAACCUGCACUGGGAAGGAGAAGCUGGAGAGUCUUUCUGGACCAUUUUUUGAAAUGAGCAUGACUCCCCAAAGCUACAGUAUAUACAAUGCUGUUUAUGUCAUAGCACAUGCUUUACACACCAUGUACUCAAUGAAGUCCAAGCCCAGACCAAACCCGCAACCAUGGCAGAUUCAUCCUUUCCUGAAGAGAAUCUCAUUUAACAACAGUGCUGGGGACCAGUUGUCUUUGGAUGGGAAAGACAGCGACAAGUGCAUCAGAUGCCCAGCAGAUCAGUAUCCAAAUAAACACCAAGAUGGAUGCCUUCCCAAGAUUUUAAACUUUCUGUCUUACGAGGAAGCUUUGAGCAUCAUUUUAGUUUUCUUGGCACUUUCGUUUUCUGUGAUCGCAGCUUUGGUACUCGGGAUAUUCAUUAAAUACAAAAACACCCCCAUCGUCAAAGCCAACAAUCGAAGUCUCACCUACACUCUGCUGGUCGCUCUCCUGCUCUGCUUCCUCUGUUCAUUGCUGUUCAUUGGGAGACCUCAGAUAGCAACCUGCCUGCUACGACAAACAACCUUUGGCAUCAUCUUCUCCGUGGCUGUUUCUUCUGUGUUGGCAAAAACGACCACUGUGGUUUUGGCAUUCAUGGCUACAAGGCCAGGGUCCAGAGUAAGGAACUGGGUGGGGAAAAAACUGGCAACUUCAAUUGUUCUCUCCUGUUCUCUCAUGCAAGGAGCUCUUUGUACUGUAUGGCUCUGUACUGCUCCUCCUUUCCCAGAUUUGGACAUGGACUCCUUGUCUAAAGAAAUUGUAGCUGAAUGUAAUGAAGGGUCUGCCUCUAUGUUUUACUGUGUUCUGGGAUACAUGGGAUUCCUGGCUCUUGUCAGCUUCAUUGUGGCUUUCUUUGCUAGGACAUUGCCCAGCACUUUUAAUGAGGCCAAGUUCAUCACUUUCAGCAUGUUGGUGUUUUGCAGUGUGUGGGUCUCUUUUGUUCCAACUUACCUGAGCACAAAGGGAAAAUACAUGGUGGUGGUUGAGAUCUUCUCCAUCUUGGCCUCAAGUGUUGGAUUGUUGGGUUGUAUCUUCUUCCCCAAAUGUUAUAUCAUUGCUCUAAGGCCUGAAUUGAACAGCAAGGAGCAGUUAACAAGAAGAAAUAACUAA